AUGUCGAUUCUCCUCAAUCCGAUUCCGUAUCACCUCCUGGCGUAUGGCACUUUUCUAGGCAGCCAACUAUACCAGUCCUUCAUCAAUACCAAAAUCUGCUACCGAUCGCUCCCGCCACAGCCAUUCCACAACCUGAACAAACGUCUGUGGCCGGUCUAUUUCCGCUGCCAACUCGGACUCGCGCUGCUGACGGCGGCCACAAAACCCGGCGGAUGGCUGCCCGGGGCCAGUCUGAGCAAUGUGCUGCUAGGCGUAGCGUGCACAAUGGCCGGGCUGAAUUGGUACAGUUACGGACCUCGCACGAGCGACGCGAUGGUUGAGCGGGCGAAUGUGCUGAAAGAGAUCAACGCCGAAAACGCAGCGGGCAGCAGCAGCAAGGAGGACAAUGAGUCGAUCACGAAAAAGGGGGGAGACCUCGCGAUGCCGUUCACCAGUCGCUCCGCCAAGCCCAAGAUGGCGGAAUACCCGCCGCAGCUCUCGCUCGCCGAGAAAGUCAAGCUUUACGGCACCGCGACCAGGAUCGCUUCGACAACGUGCAUCACGCAUGGCAUUGGCGGCGUGUUUCGCGGGGAGAGUGGUGCGCGCAGUCUGCGUGUGCAUCUGGCGCAUGCGAUGAUCCGGAAGUUGAGUGAUGCCUUGUCGGAUCGCGAGUAUCAAUACUUGCUGAAACCGACACACGAAGCGUACGAGGGCUGGUGCAGAGCGAACGGCCAUGUUCCAGAUCCAGUGGACCUGGUCAGGCAUGGAGGCAAAGGCCUGUGGAUAGGAGACAAGUCGGCCAAGCACGUCAUGGUGUUUUAUCACGGCGGUGGAUUUGCCCUCAGUGCCAACGAAGUAUAUUUUGAUUUUUGCCUCGACCUAAUCCAGUCUCUCCGCAUGGUCGGACUCGACCUCGCCAUCUUCUUCGUCGCCUACACCCUCACUCCGCACGCCCGAUAUCCAACGCAGCUGAAACAGUGCGUCGAAGCGCUGGAUUAUAUCCUCACAAAUACAUCCCUCGCGCCCGAGAACGUGUAUAUGGGUGGCGACUCCGCAGGCGCCAACGUUGCGCUCUCUGUGCUUUUACACUUCUCGCACCAUCCACACCCAUCUUUGGUCGAUCAAGAUGAAAAUAAUAGUCAUAACGACGACGAUGACAGCGACAAUGAAGAGACCCCGCCUCGAAAAACUUACUCCCUCGUCGACUCAGACUCGUAUCUCGGCGGCAUCGUCUGCCUCAGCCCCUGGGUCGACUUUGACUUUGACCAGCCAUCGGAACACGCGAACCGCGACCGAGACUGCAUCUCCAUCAAAUCCGAGCUGGCCUGGGCAAACUCGUACACGGGGCAUAACCCGUUUGAUGCGUGGUCAGAGCCGGCGCUGGCGCCGGCCGAAUGGUGGAAGGGGGUGCGUGUGCGAGAAUUUUUGGUGCUGGCUGGGUCGGAUGAGAUUCUGCUUAGUGGGAUAGGCGGGUUUGCGGACAAGGUUCAGUCCAAUUUUCCGAAUCUACGCUUCUUCAUCGGUCAGAACGAAGGCCACGUAUGUCCCAUCGUGGACAGGACGAUAUUUAGCAAAGAGGAGCGAGACGGUAUCCAGACAUGGCGUGAAUUAUCACGCUGGUUUAUGGGGUGUUUAUCAUCUAGCGAAUCCUUGGAGGGGGGUAUUUGA